AUUUACCUGAGGGAUGUAAUGAUUUAUGAAGUUCUCAUUCAAGUCAUCCAAGUCAAAGGCAAAUUUAUAAGAUAAGGCUCUGGAAACUGAAACUUCGAGUAAGGACAGGAACGUUAGUCCAGAAUGUUGUGGAUUUUAAGGCCUAUUCCAGCACUGCUUUUCCUGGUCUUUUCACAAGCAGGAGAGGGUGAUGAUAUCCGAGCUGGCUGUAGCACAGCGGUCAAUGACCUGGUCUACAUCAUGGAUGGCUCCUGGAGUGUCGGGGAUGAGGAUUUCGAAACAGCCAAGCAUUGGUUGGUCAAUGUUACCAGUGGCUUCGACGUGAGCUCGCACCACACCCAAGUGGGCGUAGUCCAGUACAGUGACACCCCGAGGCUGGAGAUCCCGCUUGGCGUCCACAAGACCGCUCAAGAUCUCAUUAAAGCCAUCGAGAACAUCGACUACCUCGGUGGCAACACUCAGACAGGCCGUGCCAUAAAGUUUGCCGUGGACCACGUAUUUGCAUCCACACAACGGAGUGACGUGAAGAACCGCAUUGCCGUGGUAGUGACUGACGGGAAAUCGCAGGAUGAUGUUGUGGAUGCCAGCGUGGAGGCGCGGGCUCAAGGGGUGAAGGUCUUUGCGGUGGGUGUGGGCACAGAGAUCACCACAUCAGAGCUGAUGGCCAUCGCCAACAAGCCAGCAGGUGACUACGUGCUUUACGCAGAGGACUACACCAAUAUCGAUCGUAUCCGUGAUGCCAUGGAGCAGAAGCUGUGCGAGGAAUCUGUGUGCCCGACACGUAUUCCUGUGGCCUCCCGUGACGAGAAAGGCUUUGAGCUGAUGUUGGGGAUGAAGAUCCAUCAGAAGGCUAAGAAGAUUCAGGGCUCAUUAGUGUCCGAGACAGCCUAUCUGUUAGACAAAAGUGUUGACAUUACUGAAAACACAAGGGAAAUUUUUCCAGAAGGCCUCCCACCCUCCUAUGUGUUUGUUUCGACUGUGAGGUUGAAAGGGCCCGCGCGUAAGGAAAAGUUUGAUCUGUGGAGGGUGCUCUCUAAAGAUGGACAAGUUCAAGUAGCUGUCACACUGAGCGGGAAGGACAAAUCUGUCAGCUUCACAACCACAAACACACUUAAUGGGCAUCAGAUUAUUUCUUUUGAUAAAAAUAUUGAGAGGCUUUUUGAUGGAAGAUGGCAUCAGUUAAAGGUUCUAGUUAACCCCAGACGUGCCAUCUUUUUCCUGGAUGACGAGCAGAUACAGGAUGAGGCUUUGGACACUGUUGUGCCCAUCUUCAUCAAUGGAAAGACUCAGAUUUCCAAACACUUGAGCUCUAAUGCAACACUUCCUAUGGAAAUCCAGAAACUGAGACUUUAUUGUGACCCACAACAAAGCGAGAGAGAGACAGCAUGUGAAAUCUACUCCGUGGAAGAUGAAAGGUGCCCCCUGGUGCGUGAGCCUACAAAUGAUACAGGGGAAGAGUGUGACGGCAAUGAAGGGCAGUCAGGACCACCUGGUCCACCAGGACCCCCAGGACCAAGGGGUACCCCUGGCGAGACGGGAAGACAAGGACCACCGGGCCCAAGCAAUAAGACUGGACCUAAAGGUAUAAAGGGAGAGCCUGGCAUACCUGGAAAGAAGGGUGACGCAAAUCUCCCAGGACCAAAGGGCGAACCAGGACAGAAGGGUUGGAAAGGUGAACCAGGAGAACAAGGGUUGCCAGGGAAACCGGGCCCGGCAGGACCCAAGGGUGCGACACGAUUACAACCUCCCACUGUUGGAAUACCAGGAAAAAAGGGAGAGGAUGGGGAGAAAGGUGAACAAGGAGAUUCUGGAAAGCCUGGUCCAAAAGGGGAACGUGGAAUUCCUGGCAGUGAAGGACGUUCUGGCCCCCUUGGACCAAAGGGAGAGAAAGGAGCCAUUGGAUUUCUAGGUGUAGAUGGACCACGAGGAGUGCCAGGGAUCCGUGGGCUUCCUGGUAUGGCGGGGCCAAUCGGACCACAGGGGACAAGGGGACCACCCGGCCAGAAAGGUUCACCUGGAUCAAAGGGACCUGCAGGCACAACAGGACCCGUAGGGCCCCCUGGAGCUGAUGGACUUGUCGGCCCCAAGGGUUCUCCAGGAGAAAAAGGAAACAUGGGUGUUUCUGGUAAAGCAGGUCAAAAGGGUGAUACGGGCGAGCAAGGGUUUCCAGGGCUUCAGGGAGCUUUGGGUCUUACUGGAUAUAAAGGACACAAGGGAGAGAGAGGAGAACAUGGAGCCAGAGGAAUUCAGGGUGAGAAAUGCAUCAAUGGGGUACCUGGAACACAAGGGCCUUCCGGUGAAGUUGGGCCCAGAGGUGUUAAAGGAGAGAAAGGUGUGCCAGGUAACACUGGAGUCAAAGGUACUUAUGGACAGAAGGGGUGCAUGGGGCAAGUCGGCAUAAACGGUCCACGUGGGUUUCCAGGACAGGACGGGUCAUCAGGGCAGCCUGGCGUUCCAGGCAUUCCAGGGCGACCUGGUGAUCCUCCAUCAAAUGAGUACUUGAUAAAACUGUGCGGGGACAUUUUUUUAACUCUACUGGAGAAGAUGGCACCUCAGAGCUGCGUACCCUGUGCGACUGUUAAAGGAUCCCCGGGACAGCCCGGAGCUCCAGGGCCUAAAGGUUCUUGUGGUCCUUCUGGUUAUUCCGGCAGACCUGGCUCUCAGGGCUACCCAGGACAACCGGGCAUCCAAGGACCCCGAGGAGUCAAAGGGGACACCGGCCUACGUGGGGUUAAAGGCAAUAAUGGAGAGAGCAGACCAGGAGACCCUGGACCUCCCGGGGACCCAGGAAUGCAGGGUCCUCGCGGCAGCGAUGGCAUUGGUUUUCCAGGCUCUCCGGGAAUGCCGGGUAAAUCCGGGAUUCUAGGCGUUCCGGGGAAGCAAGGUCUUCCCGGACAAGACGGCGUGUGUGACAUGUCCAUCUGCUACCAUGUGUUCAACCCCAGGGGUGAACGCUACAAUAAAGGGCCUGAUUUCUAACAUGCAUUCAGGAAACACAUGGGGUCAGGUCGCCAGAAGCGCCACAGGAAUUUACCAACACGCCUCGGGAAGCUGUUCGUGCACUGCCAUGGCAUAUAAGAUGUUAUUAGAUCAAAUUAUGGUCCUUGUGUUAACAUUUUAAGAAGAGAAACUUUUAAUAGAGUUUUUGUAAACAUGAGCAAGGAACAAAUGGAGACGAUUUGUGAAAUAUUUCAACAAGUUUGUUAUGAUGUAAAUGGAUGGCGAUAUGUCAUAAACGUGUCACUGCCAUGAAUAUUUAUCGCCAUUACUUAUCUAUGUCAAUUUGUUUCAUGAUUGAUGAGGUAUUAUGGGCCAGUGCAACAACUUCAUCAGCGCGUAAAGUUAACAUGUUUUCUUUGUUGUACUGUUGCAUUAUGGGAAUUAUAACGAUACCACUUUAAGGGGUGGUUUCCCAGACAGGAUUAGAUUAAAGAAGGACUAGGCUUUAGUAAAAUUUGCACGUUUGAGUAUUUUUUUAAAAAUGCAUUACAAAAAACAGACAGACCAAGGACUUAAGUAUUUUAAAAUUGCUCUGUUUUAGCACUAUGUGGUGCAUGGUUUGGCAGUAAACAAGAUCAAGUUCAAGAUCAAGUUGCCAUUAAUCUACAUUUGGGUACAUACAGUGGAACGAAAUAUCGUGCCUCACAGGAGCACGGUUAUUAAUCUGAGGCACUGUAGCAGGCCAUCCACUCACAAUAGAAAGUUUUUAUAUAUAUAUAUAUUUUCGGUGGGAAAUGUGUAAGAUAUUUCUUCAUGGAACAUGAUCUUUACUUAAUAUCUUAAGGAUAUUUGGCAAAAAGAAAAAUCUGUAAUUUCUACCCUUCCAAUGUUUUUUGGCGAUUACUAAAAAUGUUCCUUUGCUACUUAAGACUGGUUUUGUUGUCCAGGGUCAUACGAAUGCUUCACAUAAGAUGUAACAGAAGUUCAUUACCUCAAGACCAACAUUAAAAAUGACUUUUCUAA